CCUUCGUAUUUCUCUUACCUUUAAUAACCCUAUGUUAUUCUCCACAAGUUGUUGCAUCUUCUUCUUCUUCAUCAAGUGUAUUAGCACAAGGCUCAUCACUCUUUGUUGAAAAGAAAGAUCAUUUGGUUUCAUCAAAUGGCCUUUUCACAGCCGGAUUUCACGAGAUUGGCCAAAAUGCUUAUUGCUUUGCAAUAUGGUUUUCUGAGCCCACAUUGGAUGGAGAUCAUACAUUAGUUUGGAUGGCAAACCGCGACCGGCCUGUUAACGGAAAACGCUCAAGGCUUUCCUUGUGGAAAAACGGUAACCUUGUUCUAACGGACGCUGGCCAAAGCAUUUGGACCACCAACACUCAUUCUAAUUCGUCCUUGCAACUGCAACUCCUUGACUCGGGUAACCUUGUUCUUACCCGGUUAGAAAAAGAAUCGUAUCUUUGGCAAAGCUUUAGUUUUCCAACCGAUACCAUCCUUCCCAAUCAGCCGUUCACCAAAGAUACCGUCCUUAUAUCUUCCACAAGUUUAACAAAUUUUUCUUCUGGCUUCUACAAAUUCUACUUUGACAAUGACCAUGUACUUCGCCUUCUUUACACCAACAAUGAAUUUCCCAGCAUUUAUUGGCCUAUGCCUUGGUUAGAAUCAUGGGAAUCGGGAAGGUCUAUUUACAAUAAUAGUAGAAUUGCUUUGCUUGAUUCCAAUGGGUAUUUCCAUUCCUCAGACGAUCUUACUUUUACCACCACAGACUAUGGUGAUGCCCUUCAAAGAAGACUCACCCUUGAUGUUGAUGGCAAUAUUAGAGUUUACUCACUUAACCAAAGAAGUUGGAGUCUUUCAUGGCAAGCAAUCUCAAUACCAUGUACUAUACGUGGGAUUUGUGGUCCAAACAGUCUUUGUACUUACAACUCUGAAUCAGGAAGGAAAUGUGCUUGCAUGCAUGGAUACAAGAGCAAGAACCACUCUGACUUGUCUUUCGGGUGUGAACCUAUACAUGAUCUUUCUGGACAUUAUGAAAACUAUGACUUCUUCAAGCUCCCUCGUGUGGAAUUUUAUGGAUUUGAUUCUCAAUCUAUAGAAAGAUCCGAUUUCACAGAAUGCAAGAAGGCAUGCCUCAAUAACUCAAAUUGUAAAGCAUUCCAACUCUCCUUCGAUGAACACACACGCUCCUCAAGAUGUUAUGUCAAGACUUUGCUGUUCAAUGGCCACCACAAGGAUACUCAUAUCGACACUUUUCUUAAGCUACCUAAAUCUGAUGUAUUAGCAUAUAAUUCAUCUAUUGCCAAUGAGUCCAACUUGUAUUGUGUGACUUCUAUAAUGCAGCCAAAGCAUGAGAGAAAGAGUGUAAAUGGGUCCGUCAAGUUCAUGUUGUGGUUCUCCAUCAUCUUUGGUGUAAUUGAAUUUGCAUCCUUUGUAUUCUUCUAUUAUAUCACCAAAGAACCCUCAGGUACAACAACCCAAACCUACCUAGCAAUUGCUACUGGAUUCAAAAGGUUUACAUACGCUGAGAUAGUGAAGGCGUCUCAUAAGUUCCAAGAAGAGAUUGGAAGAGGCGGUGGUGGUACUGUGUACAAAGGCAAACUUCCAGACAAUCGGGUAGUAGCAAUUAAGCGACUUCAUGAGGCUAUCCAAGGAGAAGCUGAAUUUCUAGCAAAGAUGAGCACAAUCGGAAAGAUAAAUCAUAGGAACUUGAUUGAAACAUAUGGUUAUUGUGCUGAGGGAAAACAUAGGAUCUUGGUCUAUGAGUACAUGGAGAAUGGCUCAUUAGCUAACAACAUAGGUCGUAACCAGCUUGAUUGGCAAAACAUAUUUGAAAUUGCAUCUGGCGUUGCGAAAGGGCUAGCUUAUCUACAUGAAGAAUGCUUGGAGUGGGUUUUACAUUGUGAUGUUAAACCACAAAAUAUAUUGUUGGAUGCUAGUUAUAACCCAAAGGUGGCUGAUUUUGGUCUGUCCAAGCUAUUCCAACAAGGCAAAACAGAAAAUUUUGUAUUUUCAAGGAUAAGAGGCACCAGAGGGUACAUGGCUCCAGAAUGGGUGUUUAAUCUUCCAGUCACUUCAAAAGUUGAUGUUUAUAGCUACGGGAUGGUGGUGCUAGAGAUGAUAACAGGAAGAAGUCCCACAUAUGAUCAACCAAGUGAUGAUAACGAAAGGUUGGAACAAAAGAGGCUCGUAAGUUGGAUAAAAGAGAAGGUCCAUGAGGCUAGUGAAAGUUUGACAGAGACACACAUCACAGAGAUAGUGAAUCCUAUGGUUACGGGUGAGUAUGAAGAAAAUCAAAUGAAUAAUCUUCUAAAAGUGGCUCUACAAUGUGUUGAUGAUGACAAAGACGCUCGACCUACCAUGAGUGAGGUUGUGAAGAUGCUUAUCCACCUGGAGAUGGAAGAUUAGUUAACUUUAUUAGUUAAA